CCAGGCGUGGACCGCGAACUGUUCAAAAUGGCCCCGCUUGAAGCAAACCCAGAUACUCUCUCCCCCGUUCACGCUGGUCGGCCGUCUGGAUACGGAUUUUCAAGCACCUGUACCAAUACACGACACUGUUAUUUGCACUCGUUCUCUCUACGCUUACGGGACCCUGUCUAAUCCAAGAAAUGGCUGCAUACACUAUACCUACGCCAUUCACUAAAGCAAGGACGAUUUGCUUCCUGCUGGUUUCGAUGCUGGCUUUCAUAUACACAAUCCUCUUGUGUGUCUUCAUAUUUGCGCGAUGGGACGUGUCGGACACGUCAGAACGCUCAUUCGCGUUCGUUAUGAUAUUGGUCAACACUAUCACGGUUAUCAUGCUUCCGGCGCUCAUCCUUCUGGAAUUCCGCCCGUGGCUUGAUGGUGCUCGGAUGCUCUUGCUGUUGAUAGCACACAUAAGUGUUGCUACGGCUUUCGCGGUUCACGACCAAAAGUUUCAGUGCCACGAAUCGACUCCGGAUGGCACGGGCGUCUGCGAACUACUCAACAUAUAUAUUCUACUCGCUAACUGGAUCGUACCCGGUCUACUGAUCGUAUACUCCGCUGCCCUCGCCUACGUGGCCUAUCGAUGCUGGAAACAGCCAUUAGGAGACGCUGAGUCAGGGGUUGUUCCUGCUAUGGCGGCGUCGAUGCCUUCAGCAACCGUCCUUACCGUGGAGGACAUCAGGAACCUUCCACCAAGGUCUUCGCACAUCUCGCAACUCGACGCGAUGCGGUCUUCGAACUCGUCGCGAAGCACGCUCACCAGUGUAGACACUCAAAGCAAUCAUCGCAAGAGCAACCGAUUAUCGCGACCUGUGCCACGCAAUCAGUUCUAGGUGCUUGAGCGUCUUAGACUAUCUUACGCAAUAUAUGCUCGUAAAAAAUAUGUAGAAGUAUAGUAUCUCACCGCAUUUCGUGUACUUAGUCGCCAGCGAAUGUUUUGACGUGAC